CUGAGGCAGUUGGUUCGCUCCGCUGUGCAGUAUGUGUCUGGGAUGCAGCAGUGAAAGAAAGAGAGCUGAAAGAGUGAGAGAGACAGAGAGAGAGAGAGAGAGAGAGAGAGAGAGGGAGCUGUUAUUUAGGUCUGUUACAGCAGACAGGGAGCAGCUCGCCCUAGGGCAGGGGGAGACGAUAGAGCAACACUGAACUCAGAACAGCACAUUCAGCUACAGAUAUACAGCCAGGCAGGAACCAGCCCUGCAUUCCAGCUGAGGGGAAGGGAAAGAAGGUAUAGAAACUGAAGUGCCAGCAGGAAAGGAUAGAACAAACGGCAGAGAGAGAGAGAGAGAGAGAGAGAGAGAGAAGGAGAAGGAAGGAAGGAAGGAAGGAAGGAGAAGGUAGCAGCAACACAUCAACACAAGGGUUUGAACCGGGACCUUCACUGCUGCUACUGUUGUUGUUGUUGUUGUUGUACUACGGUAAGGUGACCUAACUACUCCAGGAACAAGGAAGGGGGGGGUACAGCAGCAGGUUUAACCUGUGUGUUCUCAGGAGGUAGGGACUAGGGAGGGGGUACAGUAAAAGGAGGUUGAAAGCUCCACCACCAUGUUUGACUGUAUGGAAGCUCUGGGGAUGGGCCCACGCCAGCUAUAUGAUGUCACCAGCCGGGGUGCGUGCAUGCUGCGGAAGGCGAGCCCCUUCUUCGCAGGGCUGGACCCCUUCGCUUGGACCGGCAGUGCCAGCGUUCAAUCGGUGGAAACCCAGAGCACCAGCUCUGAGGAGAUGGUCCCCAGCUCUCCCUCUCCACCUCCCCCACCACGCAUUUACAAACCCUGCUUCGUGUGCCAGGACAAGUCCUCUGGAUACCAUUACGGAGUCAGCUCAUGUGAGGGCUGCAAGGGCUUCUUCCGACGCAGUAUCCAGAAGAACAUGGUGUACACCUGCCACCGAGACAAGAACUGCCAGAUCAACAAGGUCACCAGGAACCGCUGCCAGUACUGCCGACUGCAGAAGUGCUUUGAGGUCGGCAUGUCCAAGGAAGCGGUGCGUAAUGACAGGAACAAGAAGAAGAAAGACGUGAAGGAGGAGUUGGUGUUGCCAGAGAGUUAUGAGUUGAGUGGAGAACUGGAGGAGCUGGUCAACAAAGUCAGCAAAGCCCACCAAGACACCUUCCCCUCACUGCUGCAGCUGGGCAAAUACCACACCAACUCCAGUGCAGAGCAGCGCGUGCAGCUGGACCUGGGGCUGUGGGAUAAGUUCAGUGAGCUUUCCACCAAGUGCAUCAUCAAGAUCGUGGAGUUUGCCAAGCGCCUCCCCGGCUUCACCACCCUCACCAUCGCUGACCAGAUCACCCUCCUCAAAUCAGCCUGCCUGGAUAUCCUGAUGUUGAGGAUCUGCACCCGCUACACUCCAGAGCAGGACACCAUGACCUUCUCAGACGGGCUGACCCUGAACCGGACCCAGAUGCACAACGCAGGCUUCGGCCCGCUCACAGACCUGGUGUUUGCCUUUGCUGGCCAGCUGCUGCCUCUGGAGAUGGACGACACAGAGACGGGCCUCCUCAGCGCCAUCUCUCUCAUCUCUGGAGACCGUAUGGACCUGGAAGAGCCCCAGAAGGUGGACAAGUUGCAGGAGCCCCUCCUGGAGGCCCUGAAGAUCUACGCACGUCGCAGACGCCCCAACAAACCCCACAUGUUCCCCCGCAUGCUGAUGAAGAUCACUGACCUCAGAGGCAUCAGCACUAAGGGGGCAGAGAGAGCCAUCACUCUGAAGAUGGAGAUCCCAGGCCCCAUGCCUCCUCUGAUCAGGGAGAUGUUAGAGAACCCAGAAGCAUUCGAGGACCAAACAGAGAGCAGUGGAGAGAGCUCCCCACCGCCUGCCCCUCCACCCAUUCCACCAGCCUCCUCCAAGCCCCCCACCACCAUGAAGACUGAGGCUGAGGACGAGGAGGACAGCUGGGGGACAGAGCCUUCCCCAGAGGAGGAAGAUGAGGAUGACUAUGAUGAUGGGGAGGAGGAGGAUCGGGACAGGGGCUCGGACAGCGAGGGGGAAUCCUGGGCUCUGGAGGGUAGCAGCGAAGGGGCUAGGAAGAACCAUGCCGGGAGGGCGCAGUGAGGAGGAGAGAUAUCACAGAUAUGCAGACUCUACACUCAAACACACACACUAACUGACGUAAUCAAACACACACA